AUGACAUCCACGACUGCCACGACAACUACGACGCCCAUAAAUGCCACAAUUAAUAACAACGACUACAAAAACCACGACACCGAAGACAUCUAUGACAGCAACGAUAAUAACCACAAUCACGACACCCACGACACCGACUACAACCACGGGCUGAUCUGCUCUGAGGGAGAUGACUGGAGGGAGCACCGCAAGUUCGUCCUGGGGUUCAUGAGGGACCACGGGAUGCGGACAGCUGCCACUAGGGGGGUCAUGGAGCCGAAGAUCCACGCUGUCGCUGACCUCCUCAUUCAGGAAUUGAAAGAAACUCAAGGAGCAGCUGUGAACAUCUCAGGUAAGCUGCUGCACCACGUAGGCAACACCAUGAACCAGCUCAUCUUUGGCCUCACCUACCUGGAGGAGGAUCCCAAAUGGAGGUGGUUGAGACAUCUUCUGGAGGAGGGGACUAAGCUCGUAGGUGUUGCAGGACCCCUCAAUUUCCUCCCAUGGCUUAGGUUUCUGCCGAGGUAUCAACGAGUGAUCAAGUUUAUCACAGAGAACCAGAGUAAGACCCACCAGGAGUACCAGAAGAUUAUUGAUCUCCACGAAGAGGCAAGUUUAGUCACUUCCUGCGACGACCCAGUGGACGGUGGGGCGGAGGAGAACGUUACUGAGACAACGGUUGGAGGACACGAGGCUAACACACACCAGCUUACAGAAGGUGACGGAGGAACAGCGUCGUCACCACAGCUCCCACAGCACAUUAUUGGCGCCUACGUCAAGGAACGGCGGCUGAGGGGGACGGAUAUGGGCUCCUUCACCUACGAGCAGCUGCAUCACGUGGCUGCUGACCUCUUCGGUGCUGGUUCAGAGACUACCAUCACCACCCUCAAGUGGCACCUGCUCAACAUGGCUCUCUUCCCCGAGGCUCAGUUCAAAAUGGUGUCACAUUCUGAGACGAAGGUCAAGGCUGAAAUCUGA